AUGGCGCUUUUCCGGGCGUUGCUGGUGCAUCUGCUCCGCUGGGCAGACGCUCAGGACUGCUCCGGGCACGGCGUGACCUGGGGCCCGGGCAUCGGCCCGCCCCCCGAUGGCUGCGCUGGACCGGCGACGCCGGGGCCGACGACCCAGGCUCCAUCGGGCGGAGGGGGCACGUCGGGCUCGUGUUCGAAUCCCUCCUGCGGCAGCCCCCCCUGCGCAGCACCACUGCUCGGGGAUGUGGGGUGCACCACGGUGGCAGGGCAGGUCAGCUAUGACCAUGAGAUGCUGAAGGCUGGGGACACCAUCGCUUUGAACGCCCACAUCUAUGGGCCCUUCGAGGCGGGCUUCGGAGCUCAGCAGGAGAACAUCAUCAAGAAUUGGGGCUGCUCAGAUGCCUCGGUGGUAUACGACAACGAGGGCGGGACUGAUGUUGGCACCGCCGAGGCGCGGGUCGCCUAUUUGUGCAACAUCCAGUUUCCUCGGCUCUCAGGCGGCGUAUACUAUGGCGUAGUAGGCCAGUGCGGUGGACACACUCAUGAUUAUCAUUUUCACAGAAGCUUCAGUUGCUUGUACUCUUUGUCAGGCGGGCAUUCUUCAAAAGUGGGAGUGGUUGCCUCCUACAGCAUGUAUGGGAAAUGGGAAGAUUACGCGCAGCAAAGGUUGCCGCUUUUGGAUGCCUGCGGUGCACAUAUCGGCCCCACACCAGAAUCAUCCACGCCAGUCUACCAUUACCACGUGCAAGAUGGGCCGCCCUUCACGGUUGCUUGCUAUGGGCCCAGCUCCAGUGGAGGCCUUGUGAGCGUAGCUUUGUGUCGCAGCUUGCACUCACAGUGUGACGAUGAUGGAGGCAGUGGAACAACCUUCACCCUGAAAGAUAAGAGCGUCACCUAUGAUCGCUUUUGCCCGUGCUUUGACGCUGCAGGCUCCAACAUGGGCUCAAGUAUUCAGGAGCUUCCGGCCUUGAGCUCCGGCGAGAUUUACUAUAGCGCCAGCCACAGCGGAGAUACGACCACCACAGUGCCAAGCUCCCAGUCGACCACGCUCGCAACGCAGCCAAUGACGGAGACAACAACAGAGACAGCGCCAGAGACAACAGAAGCAGAGACAACAGAAGCACAGACAACGGCAGAGACCACCGCGGCAUCGACGUCAUCCCCGGGCACCACGACGACAGCCGCUUCAGGAUCGACUGCCGUGGACUCUACGACAGCCUUUGCAUCCUCGGGCACGAGUGCGUCGACCACGGCAGGCGCAACGACGGCAGCCGCAACUGCGACGCCUGCGGCAACGACGAGGAGCGUAAUAAACGUGUCGCUGGCCAGUGCUGCUGUUAGAAGCUGGUCGGCUGGUCUAGUGGGUCUUGCUGUAGUGACAAGUGCCGUUUUUUAA